AUGGUACUGAGUGUUUCAAACGCUGCUCAAUUUUCCAUAGAUAUGACCGGACCCAAUGCUCUGAAAAUGGAGGCUAAUAUAGUAGUUUUGGGGACGGACAACGUUGGCAAAUCCGCUCUCACAGUCCGUUUCCUUACUCGGAGAUUCAUCGGGGAAUACGGACACAUUGAAUCGAUCUACAGCCACAAUGUUAUUGUCGAUGGAAGAGAGGUCACCUUCAGCAUAUGGGACUCACCUUAUUCUCAGCUAAGUGAGACAACAACCCCCAUACACGAGAAGAGGGUCCAGUGGGCGGACGGUUUUGUCCUGGUCUAUAGCAUCUGUGACAGGGCCAGCUUCAAUGCCGUGGCCAGGCUGGUCCAGGGCAUCAAGGCCUCCAAGGACUUUCUGGGCAUGGAGAAGGUGCCCGUUGUCAUCGUAGGGAACAAGCGGGACCUGCACCACCGCAGGACAGUGACGAGCGAGGAGGGCCGGCUGCUAGCCCUCACCACGGACUGCCAGUUCUACGAGGUGUCGGUGGCGGAGAACUACCACGGCGUGCUCAUGGUGUUCCAUGGCCUCACCGACAGGAUCCGGGAGUCCAGGUCGGCCGUCAAGAAGCCCGCGGGGAUCAAGGGCAUUGUGAAGACCGUGUCGGCUGUGUUCGCCCGCCGACGGACUGACUCGCUGUGA